AUGUUUACCCCUAGGUCAGAACGGGAGCAAUGCCAGCUGGCCCAGCAGAGCAGCCCUGAGCAGCAGCAGGAGGAGCAGGAACAGCAGCAGGAGGAGGCAGCAGCCAUGCCCAGGGGCACCCACGGAGUGUCCAUGGCACCGCCAGGCACCGCCGACCACGAGGAGCAGCUCUGCCGCUCCGUGGAGGGCCAGGCCGCCUCGGACGAGGAGGAGGAGCAGUGGCCGGGGCACCGCGCUCCCCAGCUGGGCCACACAAGGAGGAUCCUGGCCAAGCUCCCUUGCUGUGGCAGUGGAUGUGAUGAAAAGACAUGGAGAAAGCUGCUGUCCUACCUGGAGACCAGCAGCACUGAGGGGAAGGACCCUGUGGAGCUCUUGGGGACAAUCUCCCCCCUCACAGAGCAGCCAGAACCCAAGGGCCACCAAGAGAAAAAACUGGAAACAAGCAUGGAAGAGAUGAAGGGCCCCUGGCUCGGGGAGCUGCAGCAGAAGGUGGAGGAGACAGAAGUGCUGAAGAUGGAGCUGCAGAUGCUGGAGACAGAGAGGGUUCGGCUGUCCCUGGUGGAAGAGAAGCUCCUGGAUGUUCUGCAGCUUCUCCAACAGCUCCGAGGCUUGAACAUAUCGAAGCGAGCCCUGGGGAAAAUCCUGCUGAGCACUUUGGAGUCCUGCCAUGACCCCCAGCCUGGCAAAGCCCAGCUGUUGGAAGUGCUGGAUACCCUUCAGCAGGAGCUGGCAGCCUGUGAACUCUUGCACAAACAGCCCUUGGAGCAGGCACAGAGCCCACGGUCCCUGUCCAACCCCCUGGUGAUCUCCUGCUGAGCCCAAGCAGCCCCAGGACAGCUGGAAGGAGGAAUGAGGAACAUUUGUCCAGCUCAGCCAUGCCUGGACUGGCCAGGAGCGAGCAGUGACACAAGGGAGGAGCAGCAGUCCUGGCUGGGCACAACCCUGCCUUACCUGGGCUGCAGAGCCCAGCCCUGGGGUGCCCCUGGG